UAAUUUAGUUUUUGCACCGUAUCAUUCCCUCAUAGGUGUAUAUAGAAUUUCUGUUUUACAAAAGCACACAUGACACAGGCAAACCAAUUAUUAAGGACAGGUGUGCUAGAAACAAUUAAUAUAAGAUUCUAUCUUUUAAUUUUAUGAGCACUAUAUUCUUUGCAAAAGAAUCUUCAUUUAGCUCAAUGAGCAAGGUAUCCCCUCCACUAAUAAAUAAAUUAUAUUAUAUAUUAUUAUGUACCAAUUCUCAUAUCCUAUAUCUUAUUAUGUUUAUAAAUACUCCUUGCUCCCCUUUUAUAUAUGUUGCACCCAAUAACAAACAACAACAUGGAUUAUAGCAUAGGAAAGUCCAAGAAUGAGGAAUCUCUUUGUGAGAAAUCAAUGAAGGUUGUAGUAAAUGUCAUAAGGUUAUCCUCUUUCUCUAUUGCACAAAGGACCCUUGGAGUUGGAGCUUCUACUACUAGAAAAUCAAGGAAGGAUAAGGAUCUUUCAGAUUCUGAGAAGGAACCUAUGAAGGAAAAAUUGGUUUCUAAUAAGCAAUUUCCAGCAAGCAGUAGAAGGUCACAACAGCCGCAGAGCCGCGCAAACCCUACGUAUGUUAUCAAGUCAGUUGGAAGCAACCGAUCAACGGAGUAUUUGAUCCAUAAAGAGAGACUUCACGAUGUUAAUCCAAAUAAAGAGCUUUGUGUUGAUGGAUUGGCUUCUGAUUAUAUUAGUAAGAUACGUAACAAGCUCGGACGCAGUUUAUAAGCGACGCUGAAGCCUUCUCUUAUCUAUUCUAAAUAAAAUUUAUCUUCUUAAUAACUUGUGUUAGUAUCUCACAUAUGUUUUCUGUUAUUUUUUUCUUUCAGAACGAUGGGUGCAAUAUUGUACGAGAUCUUUACUAGUGGAUCAUUAUUUGUUUUCAUAAAUUUUAUGUACUAUAUGUAUGUGAAAUACUACUUACAUAAGUAUCUAGUUGUUUUGGUUUUCAUGAAUAGAUGCAAUAAGCAUAGUUUAUGACUUGGUUCAUGCUAAAAAAAUGUGAUAGUUAAUAUUAUGGUUGUGUCUUAUGAGACCUAA